AAUAUUCUGGCAGAGUUAUUGGUGGAGUAUCCACAUCAGUGUCUGUGGCAGUCGAUUGCAGUCUAUCGUUCAGAUCCGACCAAGCAACAGCUGAGAUUCACGAGAUGUCGAAACGUCUAUGAGAUCGCGAAGAGAAAGGAUCGUUCGGGCCAAUUGAAGACGUUGAUUGCGCAAUAUGAAUACGCAGCCGCAGCGUUUGUGAAGGUGGCCGAGGAUGCUUAUCCGGCUGGUGUGCAUUCAACGUUCAGCCAGAAAUACCCGUAUAUUGCGAAUUUCUUCAAAACGGGUUUAAUGGAUGCAUCAGUUAAAAUAUCGUCAUCAAAUGAUGAGAGAACGGUAUGUUCACGACCAUUAGUGGUGGUUCCAUUGCGUGAUAUGAUCGAGCAUGCUCUACCGGUGAUCAUUCCGAAUUCAUUAUCGCAAUAUCCGGUUGGUGACCCUUCGGCAUCCGUCCACAAAUUCGGAAGUCAUUCGGACGAUUCAGCAUCAUCGUCUUCGUCAUUCACAAAUAUAUACAUCCAUAGUAUCGAUGAGGAAUUUAUUGUGAUGAAGUCGAUGGUAAGACCGAAGAAGAUCACUUUGGUGGCAUCGGACGGCAAGAGGUAUUCGUUGAUGUGUAAAGCGAAAGAUGAACUGCGUAAAGAUGGACGUUUGAUGGAGAUCAAUCGAAUCGUGAAUGCGUUGUUGCAUCAGAAUGCGGAUGCAAGACGAAGGCAGCUCUCCGUUCGAACAUACAACGUUGUCCCGUUGCAGUCGUAG